CUGGAUCACAACGUCUACAGUACUGCCGGUAAAUAUCACACUGUCGGGCCUGUUUUAACGUCAGAAGCAGAUUUUGCUAGGCUUCAACAGUGUUGAAUAAAUUUAUUAACUAUGUUUUCCAGAAACAUUAGUGCAAUAAAAGGUGUCCAUAGAACAAUAGAAAAUGUAGUUAGUAGAGAUGCCUUAAAAGAUGGACGAAUACUUUGCUGUUUUAGUCAACGCCGCCAACAUGCGGGUAGGCACAGGCAAGUUCACUGCACACCGGUAAACGAAGCGGCGUUCGUUAAGAAUCUGUUCAUGGGCCGGUUGAUAAAGGAGGAUGUAUUCCCAUAUCCGGAAAUAUCAGUAGAAAAAUUUCAAGAAAUUAAUGAGCUUUGUGCCCCAAUUGAGAAGUUCUUCAGAGAAGACGUGCCCUCCAAGGAAAUAGAUCUGGCAGCCAAAAUUGAUGACAAAACUAUGCAAGCGUUGAAGGAAAUGGGACUCUUUGGACAGCAAAUUCCAGAGGAGUAUGGUGGGUUAGCUCUCUCCAAUGUUGAAUAUGCCAAGAUUCAAGAGUACACAUCAUAUGAUGGCGCUAUUGCAGUAACGCUCGCAGCCCACCAAGCUAUAGGAUUGAAGGGAAUCCUCAUGGCUGGAACGGAUGAACAGAAACGUAAAUACCUACCAAAGCUAGCAACAGGUGAACAUGUUGCGGCAUUCUGCCUCACAGAGCCCUCAAGUGGUAGUGAUGCAGGCUCAUUAAGGACAAGAGCCACACUAAGUCCAGAUGGAAAACACUAUCUGUUGAAUGGAAGCAAGAUUUGGAUUUCAAAUGGUGGCAUUGCUGAUGUUUUUACUGUAUUUGCAAGAGAAGAUGUAGUAGAUGAUAAGGGUGAAAAGAAAGACAAGAUCUCAGCUUUCAUAGUUGAGAGAAAAUUUGGUGGCAUCACCAGUGGAAAACCAGAAGACAAACUUGGAAUAAGAGGAUCAAACACAUGCGAAGUGCACUUUGAAAAUUGUCCAGUUCCUGUUGAAAACAUGAUUGGUGAGCCAGGCAGUGGGUUUAAGUUGGCACUCAACAUCCUCAAUAAUGGACGCUUCAGCAUGGGUGCCUCUGGAGGUGGCAUUAUACGGACUCUCAUUGGGGAGGUUGUAGAACAUGCUGUUACCCGAAAGCAGUUCGACACGAAGCUAAAGGAGUUUGGAAUGAUCAAAGAGAAAAUAGGACGUAUGGCUAUCUCAGCCUAUGUGAUGGAGAGUACAGCUUUCUUAACAGCAUCCAUGAUGGAUCGACCAGGAGAGAAAGACUGUUCUUUGGAAGCUGCUAUUGUUAAGAUCUACAGCUCUGAAGCUUGCUGGGAACAUGUCAGCCAAGCGCUCCAGAUCCUGGGAGGCUUAGGCUACAUGAAAGAUUACCCUUACGAGCGCUACCUCCGAGACUCGCGUAUCAUGAUGAUCUUUGAAGGCACCAAUGAGAUCCUUCGUUUGUUCAUUGCUCUGACAGGUCUGCAAUAUGCUGGCAAUGAGCUCAAGGAUGCACUCAAGAAGUUAAAGAAUCCAAUGUCGAACCCAAGAUUUAUUUUCUCUAGCUUCAUUGACCGUGUGAAGUACAGAAUGGGCAUGAAGAAAGACAUGAAAAUAUUUCCGGGUGAAGGCGGUAUUCAUCCUACAUUUAAGGAGCAAACAAAGAAGUUAGAGGAGUGUGUUGGUACAUUUUACUAUGUCAAUGAAUCUAUGCUCAGUAAAUAUAAGAAGGAUAUUAUCAACCAGCAACUUGUCCUGAAGAGAAUUGCCGACAUCUCCAUCGACAUUUACAGCAUGACAGCUGUGUUGUCAAGGGCUACAAGGGCAAAGGUCAAUGGUAUUAAGAACAAUGACCAUGAUUGCCUGAUCGCCACCGUGUUCUGUAACGAAGCAUAUGAUAGGGUCAUGGAGAAUGUCAGACAGCUAGCUCUGUCCCCAGAUGCAAACGGAGAUUCUACAAUUGAAAGGAUAUCUGACGAAAUUUGUGAGAAUAGGGCUUACGUCGCUUCACACCCACUCACAAAGGAAUUUUAAAUCUGAAUUCGUGGACUGGUCGAUUACAAUUUUUGAAACAUUUAUUUAUGUUUUUUUUAUCCUGAUCACCUCACUUUCAAGUCCAGUAAAACAACCUCAGUGUAGCCUGUCUGCUAUGGCUGCAGUGGUGGUGCCAGCGGAUUAGCAUGGGGGCAUUUUCCCACCUGUCGGACAGGCCUGGAUCCCUGUCGUCCGAUGAAUGGCUAGGUCGUCGGACCAAAAAUUAAAAAAAUAAUAAUUUACCUAUCCAAAUAAUGCUUUUUUGAUGGGCAAUCCCUAAUAUUGUGGUCUUAAAGCACAUUUAGGACCAAAUUAAGAAUAAAAACUCACCCCAUGAACCCUAACAGCCGGAUUUUUUAUAUCGCACCGUCGACUGAGGCGAUCAUUGUCGCCCGAGGCGAUCAUUGUCGUCUUGGUUCAGACCCCUCUGUCGGACACGUCAGACCCCUUGUCAAUAAAUUUCUGGCACCACCACUGUAUGGAUGUGAAAUUGUUUUUUGAUCUGUUUAAACUUCAGUGAAAAAGUGGAAUUAAUUAUAUGUAUGAAAUAUUUAUGGCCAUAUUCUUUGAAAUAAUAAUUUAUUAUGAUAAAAUUAAAUAAAAAUGUUGACAAAUUUCUUUCAUUGCUAGUAUAACAAAUUUAUGGCACAUUUUGUUAUAUUUCUGAAAAUUUAUUGUGAAUAAAAAUAACGAUGACACAUUUCUUUAUGUGAUUCUGAUACCAGUAAGUCUUGUUGCUUUUCUAAAGUUCCCUACACUUCAGAAAAUUUAGCAAAGCUAUGUCACCUUUGACCAUGAAUGCAAAUUUCCUUGUAAAACCCCAUUACACAUGGGCCAGUGCGAGGUUCUCUACCAGCCAGUGUUAUAGCUCAGUCUGAGUUUAUUUAUGUGCACGUCAAUUUUAGUGCAAACUCGCAUUACUUCUGUUAGUGAAGUUGCAUUUUAUUUUCAUUUGCAUCAAGCUAAAAUCUAAAUCCUUGCUGAACCACUAGGGCUCAUGGGGCUGGAGCUUUCGAUUGCAUGACGACGGUAGGACGUAGAAUGUGACAUCACUAAAAGCAAUCUGCGCAUGCGAGAACGUUAAGGUCACCUCGUUGAGUAGAUUCUGGAACACAAUAUGGCUAAAUCUACGUAUGCAGAGAACGUAGGAUGCCAGGUAGGAUGGUCACACAUGAGCGAUUUCGUUCUAGCGUCGCGUCGUCGCACAAAUUGAACGCUCCCUAUAUAUGGCUGGUCCACCGCAGGAUACUCCCAGCAAUCUGCUGGUACCCAUCGAUACAGCUGGGUAGACUGAAGCAGUGUAGAUAUUACCUACUUUAAAAGUGCCAUGCUCAAGGAAACAAGCAAAAUACAACAGCUAAAAAAGUGACAGGAUUGAUGAUUUUAUUAUUCUUUUCAUUUAUAAGCCUUUAAAUACACGAACAUAUGGCUGUUAGUUAUAUUGCACAUGUGUGAUGAGUUUGAAUGCAAAAUCAAUGCAAUUAUUAAUAAAUUUGUAUAUUUUACUGUUGAGCUGUCUAAUAAACAUUAAUAUAGCUGAUUAAA